AUGGCCACCAAACACAAAGCUACUGAAGUAAAUAAUACUAAUAAUGGGCCGUCCAUUGAGAAGGAAGCUUUUGUUGCCAACGAUGCAAACCAAACGUCAGCAUCAGAUGUCGAGGAGAGCAGCGCAAAACAAGCGUCGGCCUCGACCAAAAAGGUCAAGGAGCUUCAAGUCUACGCUCCCAAUCGCAACUUUCAGAAACGCAGAAAGUUGUUGAUCAAAAAGGCCAUGAGUCUGUUGAGAAGAACAAGAAACGACCUAUUGAUCACGGUCAAUUUUGUACUGGAAGAUGUAGAUGAGCUUAUUGCCAACUAUCCAACGACCGAACUUGAAGGGAAGCAGAUAGAGAUCAUGCAAGUGUGCUACGCAUUCAGCGUUCAUUGUCUCGCUUCCAAAGAGCAAAAAUCACUCAACGCAGCAGCAUUUCACCAUAAGCAAUUGAUGAAAACCAUCAGACCUCAUCAACACAGAUUCCUUGCUAAGCAAUGGAAUAAAACCUAUCUUCUCAUCGAUUAUCAACCACCUUCUGCUGUUGUAAAAAUGUUUUUCAAGUCAUGGAAUAACGCCAAGGACCACAUCUGGGACGCUUGCCUUGUCUCCUUCCUGGCUUUUUUCUCUUUAGCUGAUCAGCGAUGGCUAGCUACUGCCAAGGAGUUCCAUCGUUUAGAAAACAUGUAA